GAUUUGGCUAGCAAUCAUCAAUCGACCGAAGCUUCGGCUCAGACCUGCGACGACAUCACAUUCAAAAUACCAAGCAAUUGGGCCCGCAUCGGAACCACAACCUCGGCCACGGUAUGACCAUUCGACCCUCAAUUGAAUCGUAGACUAUGGUGGCAAUCUAAUCCCCCUCUUCCGCAGAUGCUGUCCCAACGAUUUGCGCGGGCCUCGACGGUCCGCGGCGCCGUCCAGGCCGCCCGACGAACCCCGAUUGUCCAGCAACGUACCUUCUUCCCUCCUCAGUUCAACGACCGCAAGGUUCUCGAGGAGAAGUACCCCGAGUACCCGACUCUGUCUGACGCGGAGGAUCCCAACAUGAACGGCGGAUACAUCAACCCUCCCUUCAUCAAGAGACAGUUCCGCGAUCCCCACGGCGAUUGGUGGGACAAGCAGGAGCGCCGCAACUUUGGCGAGCCUGUUCACGAAGACCACGACUUGCUCGGCAUGUUCUCCCCCUUCGAGUACACCUGGACCACCACCGGCAAGGGUCUGGCCCAGAUCGGUGCCUUUAUCGUCGUCUUCCUCGGUGUUUGCGGUGUCGUCAAGGCCAGCUACCCCGACAAGGCUUCAUACCCGAGAGAAUUCCCCGACGGACUUGAGAGGGAGUUGGGAGGUGCUAGCGCUCUGCGGGCGAGAAAGGCUGGCGACGCUGACCCAUGAAAAGUGUGACAUGUCGGGGGUUACGAAUGGUGACGCAUGUGUGUAUUUUAGAGCAGAAGAAGAAAUCCUUUGGGAACCCCACCAGCAACAAGUUCAUAUGUCUUCAGUCAA